AUGAGAUUCGGCGGAGCCGGGAUGUUUGGACACGGCGGGGGAGGGGGAUUCAAGGAGAAGCGUCCGUUCGGUUCCUGUCGAGGCUUCUCCUUCGAAGGCGACCGAGAGCCGCUCUCGGAGUUGUCGGAGCUGUCCGAGCCGUCCGAGUCGCUGGCCUCGGGAGCGGCAGUGGGCCUGGACUCAGGCUCUUUCUGGGGCGCGACGCCGGACGGUUCCGCAGGAUUGCCCUUGGACCCGCUCGUGCGCGACGGAGACCGCGAGGAGCGCGACGAGGAGGACCGCGAGGAGUUCGACCGCGAAGAUCGAGAGGACGACGACCGCGAAGACCGCGAAGAUCGAGAGGACGACGACCGCGAAGACCGCGAUCUGGAGGAGGCUGACGAACGAGAUCUGGAGGAGCGAGAGGAGACGCUGCGCGAACUCGAGCAGACGGAUCUGGACGAGGAACGGGAGCGAGACGAGGAGGAAAUCGAAUGGGAAGAGCGCGAAGAUCGGGAUCGAGAAGUCGAUCGACUCCGAGAAGAGACGGAUCGCGACGCGGAUGAUCUCGAAACGCGCGAGUCUUCCGACUCGCUGCGCGGUCGAGAAGAAGAGGGAGAUUUCUCCCUCUUCGAAGACUUUCUCUUGGUCUUUGACGAGGAAGACGCCAUAGAGACUGACCGGAGGAGGCUGCAGGACGGGAGGCUCAGGGCCUUUUCAGACAGAAAAAACCCACCAGCAACGGGGCUGCGGCGCGCGCGCGCGCGACGGUUGUUCUGGAAAACGGGACGCGCGGAGAGGGCGCUCUUCGCGGACGCGACAGCACUCGAGACAGACUCGGGAAUGCGUUAA